AUGUCACUUUCCACGCCAUCGACAGACCAGCUCCAUCGAGCGAGCCAGGACGUGUCCAUGCUAGAAGACACAGAAGGCCGUGCCUACAAAACGCGCCGGACGUCUGUUACUUCGCCGGAGCACAGGCACAAAGAAUCGAGUACAUCGCCUGCGCUCUCGGCGUCUACCUCGCCGGGGUCGCGUGGCAGUUCUUCUUCGCGCGGUCCGCGUGUACCCCAGCUGGACAUUGUCAACUUUCCAUCCACAGAGCUGCUUCGCAUGCUAGCUGUCCUGCUGCAGCACAUCGCCUCGUCGAACGACCAGUUACGACCACUACAUCAACGACAUCAGGCUCAGGACUCUUUUGCCCAAACAACACGGGACAUGUCAUCUUCCAUGCACUUGCCGCUGGCGGACCCAAAGCGGCCAAACAUUACGACUGCCGCGCUUGCUACGCUUAAUACGUCCAACAGCACACUCUGUUUUCACGCACGACACAUACCCAGUAUCAGUAUUGAGGCAUACCUUUUUCGUAUCCUGAAAUAUUGCCCCAUGACCAACGAUAUUUUUCUGAGUCUGCUGGUGUAUUUUGAUCGACUCAGUCGCGUGGGUGCCCUGGGCCAAUUUCCUGGCGAAGGGACAACUAGUGCACCGUCGCACGCAUCAGCACCGCCGUCGCCUGUGUCGACGCCAUGGGCCGACAAGGAGUCGGGCGAUCAUGCCCGCCAGGAGGCCGCGAACAGCGGUGGAUUCCCCGGUAUCAGUGGUUUUGCUAUUGAUAGCUACAACGUGCACCGUCUUGUUAUCGCCGGUGUCACCGUUGCGAGCAAGUUCUUCAGCGAUGUAUUUUACACUAAUGCACGCUAUGCGAAGGUGGGCGGAUUGGCCGUCCAUGAAUUGAAUCAGCUGGAACUCCACUUUUUGCUGCUCACCGAUUUCCGCUUGACCGUUCCCAUGGCGGAGAUCCAGCAAUACGGCAAUCAGCUAUUGGCGUAUGCACACGACCACUCGGCCACCCACAACAUUGCACGGCCGCUUUCCCAGGCAGAGAACAUCGCAGACUCUGAGUCUACGUCACGACCUCACUAG